UGUUAAUCGCAUUUGAGAAACAUUUGGACUAAUAGUGAUGGCAGGGCACGAUGCUGGGUCACAACGCCAAUUCACAGGGUUUCAGAAAUACUUCGAUACCUACACCAUGACAGGCAGAAGAAAUUAUGUCAUAGCUACAUAUGCAACGAUAGCAAGUAUCGUCCUGUAUUUUAAACUGAGGCCUAAGAAGCAAACUCCAGCCGUGACACAGAAAUAAGAUGGGUUGACAUGUUGACACUGGACCA